AUGGUUGUUUCGCGUGAUGAGUCCGGACAAGAGCCAGACCAAGAAGGCAUCGUGGGUCAUCUGCAAGACCCAAAUCAAGAAGCAGAAGGAAAUGAAGAAGACGAAGCAGAUACACUCUCUCUCUGUGACCUGCCACUCUACAGCGAUUCAGCUGAGUGGGACAAGGACAGCUUCUCCAAAGUCGUAGCAGAACCAGAACAAGCCCGAGGCGCACCGACUGAUCCUCAUCAAGAUCAAGAAGAUUUGUUUGAGUUCUCCUCCAGUGAGGACUUGAGCAGUUCCUCCAGGCAUCAUUCGGAGCACAUAAUCUUCUGUGGCAAGCUCAUCCCUUAUGGAGAGCUCCCGCCCGUCGGGAAAAACUCAGAUGAUCUUAUCAGAAAGCGUUCCGCAAAGUCGAAGAAAAGGUGGUUCUUUCGCUGGAAGCUGCGCCUAUUUAGGAAGUCCAGAACUUCGCAUUCGUACCACAAGUUGAGAGCGGACAAGAAGAAGCGGUCGAAGCCGCGGGAAGUGACCGACUCCAAGAACCUGCCGCUGGAGAAGUUCGGGAGCAUAGAUGGGUCGGCGAGAAAGGUGGGAGCAAAGGGCAAGUGGUACUUCCUUGUGAUCGGGUCAGCCAGGUUCCCGAUGGAGAUGGAGUUGAGCGACAUGAGGAUGAGGCAGAGCCGCCGGCGGAACCCGGCCUCGAUGUUCCAGUCGACGGAUAACGCCGAGAAGAAGUACCCCAGGAAUUGGGGGCUGUUGCGGCUUUUGAGGACCUUGAGUUGCCGUAGUAGCAACAAAGGUGAUCACCCAACAAGUUCUGUGGUAAAGGCUUCAUCGAAUGAAUUGCAUUCCAACUCAAAGGGCUAG